AUGCUCUCGCGCGCUCGGCUCGGCCUGGGCAUCGGGGCCCGGGCGACGGGCUUGGGUGCCCGGCCGGGGCAUUUGGCCGGGGCUCCGGCCGGCGUCCUCGCAGGUGCCCGGUGCCGGGCCGGCCUGACCGGCGCCGCGACAUCACACAGCCCCCCGGCGCCGGGCUCGGCCGAAUGGCCAGGAAGCCCCUCGCGCGGGGGCGGCCAGCCCGGCGCCAGGGCCGGGCCCGCCCCCACGGCCACCACCCCCUGGUACGUGGGGUCCGUGUCCGCCGGCGAGCACCUGGUCCAGGCCAUCAAGGAUGGGAAGACCCCCCUGCCGCAGGGGUUCGACUCGGUGGAGGACUUCCACCUGCUGCUGCGGCUGGCCGGGACGCCCGGCAGCAACCGGCCGCUGGCCGACGAUGGGACCAUCGGCCGGCUGCUGGGCAUGGACCGGCUGUCGGUGCAGGCCCUGCUGGCCCGCUACGCCGGGGUGUAUGGGAUCCCGCCGCCGGCGCGCACGCCGCGGCCGAGGUCCCUCAUCCUGAAGGACCUGACGUGGCUGGUCCAGCGGGACCCGCCGGUUUUCGGCCGGCUGCUGGGCCGGCUGCUGGGCCUGUCGGCCAGCCAGGUGGAGCAGCUGCUGGCGAAGCACCUGCCGGAGGUGGACCCGGCCAGGGCCGAGCAUUUGUGCCUGGCCCGGCUGCGGAAGCUGGUGACCGUGGCCCCGGCGUUGUCGGUUGACCAGCUGGCGCUGCUGCUGUCGUCCUCGCGCGACCGGGUGGCCCUGGCCGUGCAGCAGCACAUGCCGGAGUACGGGAACUUCGUGGUGCCCAAGGUGCCGCCCGGGCGGCUGGCGGCCCUGCGAAGGGCGCUGGCCGACCCGGCGGAGCCGCCCCUCUCGCACGUGGAGAUAUGUGCCCGGGUCGGCAUCAGCAAAAGCACCAUGGAUCUCCAUGGCCCGGAGCUGCAUUCGGAGUAUGUGAUCCGGCAGUAUGGCGGCCUGCGGCCGGAGCAGCUGCGCCUGCUGGUGGACCUGCUGCUGGAGCGCCAGUGGAGCAUCGCCGACAUGGGCGUCGAGCUGGGCAUGCCGGCGAACCGGCUCCGGUGGUACAUCAAGCACUACUACCCGAAGGUGGUGCUGCCGCUGCGGAAUUGCCAGCCCGUGUGGCAGCUGGCCCCGCCGGAGGACUUCGGCCAGCUGACCCUGGCCGAGUAUACUCGGCGCUUUUUGCCGGCCGAGUCGCCGGUGCACCAGGCCCCGGACGAUGAGACCCUGGCCCGGCUGGGCACCACCUUGGCCACCAGCAGGGACUGUGACCCUGCCUCCGUCAGCAACAUGGUCCCCUCGUUCGACCCGGAUGCGCAUGCGACCGCCCCGGGUGGGGACUUGCGCCUGCUGGCCCCGAACUUUGAUCGGGGCUUCCGGCAGCGGCUCCGGGCCCUGGUGGGCCUUCGGCCGCCGCUGGCCGACACCGAAAUGUCCACCCAGCUGGGCGUGCCGGUUGCGGUCAUCGUUCGGCACAUAGUCACCCCGGAGUUGGGCCAGCUGGAGCAUGAUUACCAUACGGCGCUGGCCCUGGGGACGGAGGAAAUUCUGGCCCUCCGGCGCCUGGGCAGCGAGGUCCACCCGGCCGGCGGGCGCAUGCGCCACACGGUCCGGGAGAUUGCCCGGGCGAUGGACCUGCCGCCGGAUCGCACGUACUGCCUCCUGCACCGGUACUGCCCGGAGUACUUCUUCCUGGCGCUGCCGGCGGAGGCCGGGUCCGGGCCCGGGGGGAUGUACGUGCCGGAGGGCAAGCUGGGCGAGCUGGUGUCGGCGGUGAUCGGCCGGUACCCGGCGCCGAUCCUGCACCAGGUGGCGGCGGAUCUGGGGUGUGCCCUGCCGCAGGUGGUGAACUCCCUGCGGGCGCACGCCAGCCAGACUCGGCUGCCCUUCAAGGCGCCUUCCUAUGGGCGACACCCGUGUGCGCGUGUUUUCGAACUCGAGCAAAUCAAGAAAGAGAAGCCCGACAUCUCUCCUAGCGCCAUCUGCCUGCUGGCCAACAUCAACUCAAAGCAACUGAUUGAAUGCCGGCCCUUCCUAUAG